AUGAGUAGUUUACAAUGGAAGAAACUGAAGGUCUUGGGAGCGGGUUCUUAUGGUAUUGUUUAUCUUGCAAUUGUUAUUGAUAUACAAACACCGUAUCAGAGCUUCAUUGCUAUGAAGAGCUCCAUUCCCAGAUUGGCAUUCUCAUUGAAGAAAGAAGAACAGAUUUUCAAAUCAUUGUGCGAAGGUGAAAGCAGUGGUUGCCAAGAAAUCAUUCGAGGCUUUCGAACUGAGAUCAUGGUAGAGAACGAGCAGUACUUUAUCAAUCUUCUAUUGAAGUAUGCACGCAUGAUUGUUAAAGGGCUUUCGCAUAUUCAUGGCAAAGGAAUCGUCCACUGUCACCUCAAGUCAGAGAACAUUCUUCUGUUUCCUUUACUGGACAAAGAGAGUGUAAACUGUCAAUUGAAGAUUGUGGAUUUCGAAUUAUCUAAGACCAAAAAGGAGAAAGCAGAUGUUGAGGUUUGGAAGUCCAAGUCUAGAGGUAUGCAGUCGUACUUGUCGCCGGAGCAUUUUUCGGGCAUAAUGAUGCUCCGAGGGAUAUAUGAGCACUUAGUUGCAUAG